AUGGACACAACACAGUCAGUUGGCGGCGGCGGCAGAGUCAAGAGAAAGCAGUCGGGCAAUAAGAUCAAGACGCUGCCGUGCCCGCACUGUCAGCGACUCUUUGCUCGUCUAGAACAUCUUCAACGGCACAUUCGCACCCAUACCAAAGAGAAACCCUUCGUCUGCGAUAUUUGCUCCAAGACCUUUGCCCGCAGUGACCUGCUGGUGCGCCACGAGAGGCUCGUCCACCCGGGCGAGGAAGAGCAGCAUACCACGCGGAAAUCACACAAACACCACAUUCAAAAUGCCAAUGCGGCAAAGGAGGCCGCAGCGCGGGUGCAGGCGCAGCAUGGAGCUUCGAAUCAUUCCGACCCCAUGGACAUCGCGCCACAGCAGAAUCAGGCCUUGCUCUCCCCUCAUCAAGGUGCGCACGAUGGGAGAGGGAUGAUGGACAUGCUGGAUCCGCAGCUCAUGCAACCCUCCAAUGGCAUCAACUCGGUCGAUGGGAUGUCGGCGCACCAGUCGUCUGUGAUCAAUGCGCCGUCACUCGAUCCGUCCUGGGGCUACGACUUGAAUCUUCUCUCGCACGCGGCCAGCCAUGUCGCGUCCAGUGGUCAGGAUCACUACAUGUCCGGCCUGCCGCAAGUCACGCAAGAACAGCUCAACGAGCCCUUGCAACAGAUCAUGCCGGCAGUGACCGAGGGGCAAUACCAGCCGAGAAUGCUGACCGAAGGAUAUGGGCAGUCGACGCCCAUGUUCGAACCCCCCGACCUCGGCGAUCCCAUGCAAGACUUCACCGUCUUCCUCGACAGUGUCGGCCUUUCGUCCGAGUGGUAUGCCAAUAUGUUUGGCAAUGAUCAGGUUGAUGCGUACAACUCACCCACCGAGUUGCGAGGCGAUCACUUGAAUAUAUCGAGGCCUCAAUUGAACGGUGAGCAUCCUACCGAUAGCAAGCUUGGUGUUCCUCAAGAAGAGACGAGCACAUUUUCACGAUUUGGAUCAAGACUUCCGUCCCUUCAACCAGAAUCCAAAGAUUCUGACUUCACUCGGCCAGACCCUCCUCGAAGUACGGUCGAAGAAGCCGAGGCCAAAGUGGUCAGGACAACCUGGGAUGUCUCAGAUACAGAUCGAUCCAUAUUUGCCUCCAAGCUUGCCGCAUUCGACAAUGUCAUGCCCAAAGGCUUCAUACCUCCUUCAAGGCAUUCGCUUUCGAGAUACCUGGCGGGUUAUGUCAAUGGCUUCCACGAACACCUUCCCUUUAUUCACGUGCCAUCUCUCCAAGUUGCAGGGAGUGCUCCGGAGCUUGUUCUAGCCCUGGCCGCCGUGGGUGCCCAAUACCGAUUUGAGAAUAGCCGAGGGAUCGAACUAUUCUAUGCCGCCAAAGCCGUCGUGUUGGAACAAAUCAGACGGCGUGACGAGUCCUCGACGACUCACUUGUGGAACCGACCUCGGACAGGGUCGAUGGCUCAGUCGCCAGGAGGAGGCUUCACCAACAAAAGCCAUUCAAGCAGUCCGUUCCAACACAUUUCUCCCGAAGACGCACUUCCUGCCGAUAGCAAAGAGCAAAUGGACUCAAUACAAGCGCUCCUGCUGCUGACUGCCUUUGCUACAUGGGAGAGGCAUACUGAGCUGCUGCGUGAGGCUUUGGCCUUUCAGAGCAUUCUAGCACGGCUUGUGCGAGAAGCCGGCCUGACGAGUCCGGAAAUCAUGCAGUCGCCGGAGGAGCUGACUUGGGAGGACUGGAUCAAAAUCGAGGGCGAGAAGCGGACCAAGCUCAUCGUCUACUGCUUCUUUAAUCUGCAUUCAAUCACCUGGAAUGUACCUCCGCUCAUCCUCAACUCGGAAAUCAAGCUCAACUUGCCCGAUCCUGCCAACGAGUGGAAAGCCACCAGCGCGGAACAGUGGAAGAAAUUGCGACAAGCAAACUCAGCACCGCAGAUGCCUUUCCAGACCGCGUUCUCCCGGCUGUUCAACAAACAGAACCAAGCCACGGCGACUCCCAUUUCCCCACUGGGCAACUACAUCCUGGUCCACGCUCUCAUUCAGCAGAUUUUCUUUGCUCGACAGCUUUCGCUAGCCUGGCCCGGCGUAGCAGGGUCGAGUCUGCGCAUGGAAGACAUUACUGUCCUCGACAUGGGGCUCUCGUCCUGGAAAGCCGGGUGGAAACGGGCACCCGAGUCGAGUCUCGAUCCUCAGAAUCCCAACGGACCAGUGGCGUUUACCUCGACGGCUCUUUUGGGUCUUGCAUACAUUCGUCUACAUGUCGACAUGGGUCCACUCCGCCAUCUUGAGACGCGCGAUGCCGUACAGAUUGCCACAUCUCUGUUCAAUACGCCAGACCUCCGCCGUGACCCUCGGCUGACGCCCGCCCUCUUGCACUCUGCUCAUGCACUUUCCAUCCCUGUGCGACUGGGGAUAGAUUUUGUUGCACGCACACAAACCUUCUUCUGGUCCAUUCAGCAUUCGUUGUGCAGUCUGGAAUGCGCUUUCCUCCUUAGCAAGUGGCUCUAUGUUCUGUCCAACCUGAAGAGCACGGGCGGUGCCCCUGUCACUGAGCACGAAAGAAAGCUUCUUCUCUGGGUCCGGUCUCUCCUCGACGAAACGGAGAUGACGGUGCCAUUGAACGGAGAUGCGAAUGACCACACUGUGCUGAAUGAGUCUCGGGAGUUGUUGGAUGACACACAGAAGAUGCGGCAAUUGAGCGUGGCGGUGGUAAGGGUAUGGAGCAAGACGUUCAAGGGGAAUACGAGCUGGGCAAUUGUGGACAUGAUUGGCAGUGCACUGGAGAUCUAUGCGGACAUGUUAGAGGGGGAAAUGGCACGGUAG